AUGGACUUCAAGUACCUAAUCCUAAUGAUUGCCUUCGCGACGGUCGAGAUAAACCUGACGGAGAGUCGUCAAAAUGAUAAACGGAGAUGGAAAUCCGAAAAAUCCCCCUACUCGCAUUACGUUAACAUUUGCGAUAUUCAGGAUCGGGCGUCCAAAGUACACUGUUACUGUGAGAGUAUUAAAAUAAAAACAGCUACAAAAGCGGAUUGCUGGGUUUUUAACGGUGGCAUAGCAGAGGACGAUCCGUUCUGGUCAAAUUUUUACUCUCAGCCAAAAAUAGAAAGGCUCACUUUUAAUGUGAGGGCUGACGGUGGGCUCACAUAUAUCCCAGCGAAGGUCAUCGUUAGACUCGAUCGAUUGAACUACUUGAAUAUACAGUACGCAAAUAUUAACACAAUUCCGUCUUUCGCGUUCACGAACUCGUCAACGUUACGAGAAAUAACGCUGCCUAAGAAUAAAAUCGUAAAACUGGAAAAAAUGGCGUUUGCCCAUCUUAUUCUACUCGCUAAUGUCAGUCUAAUAGAAAAUCAGAUAUCGGAAUUACAGAGAGACGUUUUCUAUGUCCUGCCUAAUUUGCAGAGGCUAUAUCUGUCUAAGAAUACGAUAAGCGUACUUCACGACGGAUGCUUCAAGCAUUUGAAUAAUUUGAUAAAAUUGGAUCUGAAUAGCAAUUUGCUAACUGUAGUCGUCAGGGAGAACUUCCAGGGAUUAUCGAAUCUGAUUAUAUUGGACAUGAGGAACAACAAAUUGAUGAUGAUAGGAGAUUUGGCGUUCGCGGAACUUUGGAGCCUUCAGGAACUUUACUUGGACGGCAACGAAAUAGAAUUUAUUUCCGAACGGGGUUUCGGUGGAUUGACUCAGCUGAAGAAACUUUCCUUAGCCGAUAAUAAGUUGGGAAUGUUGGAUGAUGGGGUGUUCGAUGAAAUACAAAAGUUGAAUGUUCUCGAUUUAAGGAAUAACAACUUGGAAACAUUGAAACAAGAAACGCUACGCAACGUCGUAGAAAAUAUGAAAACGAAUUACGCGUUAGUCUCAUUGGAUGGUAACAAGCUGACAUGCGACUGCCGUCUAUCGUGGCUGCAUAAACUACGUAACGAAACCCGAAGCAAACGUGUAAGAGCCUCUUUAGACCGUCUCAACUGCAUCAUGGAUAUCAAACUAAAAGCAAACUUGGGAAACAUAAGAACUUCCAAAACUGAUCCCAAUUUCAAAGUUAUACCAGUUAAUAAAAAGGAUAUAGACAGAGUUGACGAAGAUGAAGAAUUCGAUGAAGACAUAACCUACGAUGACGCUAUGCAGGACCAGGAAAAUACUUUGGACGUUUCCAAGAUAGAAUAUCGUAGGAAACUAAUGGAAAUUCCCGUUGACAUGCUACCCUGCGCUAGUAAACUUAGCUACGAAGCUUCAUACUCUCCACCGACGCAAGACGAAGUCAAAUAUUAUAAAACUUCGGGCUCCGGAAAGUACUUAGCGUCAACCUUCAGUCUGAUAACAUUAUGCUCUCUAACAAAGAUAUUGUAG